AUGAACCGACCCGCUCAGCAGCAGCAGCCCCAGAACCCCCCCGUGGGAGGCUCCCUGCCGUACCGCCGGCCCUCCUCGGUCACGGGGCAGCCAAACAACAUGGUCCAGAACCAGCUGAACGGAGGGCCUCACUUCGCCCAGACCCAAGGCCCUAUGGCGCCCCCUCCUCCCUCCAUGCAGAUCACCCCACAGCUGCCCCUGAUGGGCUUUGUGGCACGUGUGCAGGAGACCAUCUCGGACGUGCCCCCGCCGCCCCCGCCCUCAGACGAGCCGGUGUUUGAGGAGCCCACCCCGCCCCCUCCCCCUCCUGAAGACUACGAAGAUGAGGAGGACGAAGACGAGUCGGCCGUGGUGGAGUACAGCGACCCAUACGCCGAGGAGGACCCGCCCUGGGCCCCGCGGACCUACAUGGAGAAAGUGGUGGCCAUCUACGACUACGCUCGCGACAAAGAGGACGAGCUGUCGUUCCAGGAGGGCGCCAUCAUCUACGUCAUCAAGAAGAACGACGACGGCUGGUACGAGGGCGUCAUGAACGGCACCACGGGCCUGUUCCCUGGCAACUACGUCGAGUUUGAACCGGACCCUGCCCCUCGGACCCUGCCCCUCGGACCCUGCCCCUCGGCCCCUGCCCCUCGGCCCCUUCCUCUCGGCCCCUGCCCCUCGGCCCCUUCCUCUCGGCCCCUGCCCCUCGGCCCCUUCCUCUCGGCCCCUGCCCCUCGGCCCCUUCCUCUCGUCCCCUGCCCCUCGGCACAGACCACCUGCAGGAAGCCAUGGCGCCUUCACCCCAAUUCUUUUUCCGAGGGACAAGCAAGCAGGCCCACCCCAGACCCGGUGCAGCGGCCUCCUCCAAAGACACUAGAGCCCUGCGCGAACAGCAGGGGGCGCUGUGACCUCCGGGUCCCAGCC